AUGGCAGGGCUGAAGACGGCGAGUGGGGAGGACAUUGAUGGCUCCUUCGAGCUGCAGGUGGAGGUGGAGGAGGGAGGGGAGGCCCGGGACUGGUCGGACCACGCGCUGUGGUGGGUGCAGCAGCGGCGGUGGCUGCUGCCCCCCGGGCCCCCCCUGGACGCGCUGGGUGUCGGGGGGGGCUCCCGGCUCCGCUUCGUCCCCCGGCACCGCCCGCUGCGGCUGCGGCUCCCGGGCGGGCGCGUCCUGCGGCUGCAGCUCGACUUCGCCAGGACCCCCGGGCGGGGGGUGGCACGGGCCUGCGCUCUGCUCGGGAUCCGAAACCCCGAGGAACUUUCGCUGCUGCGUCCGGAGGAAGAGCGGGGAGGGGAGGGGCGGAAGGGCCGCGCCCCCGCCCAGGCCCCCCCCGACCUGGACCUGACGCACCUGCGGCCAAGGGCAGAUGAGGCCCCUCCCCCUGCGCUGCCCCCCGAGCAGCUCCGGGUUCUGGUGACCCCCCGGGGGGGGAGGGACCCCCCGACCUCCCCCCGGACCGGGCGCGGGAACCUCCUCCUGCGGCGCGCGCAGCUGCACGCGCGGUGGCUGGACGCCUCGCGGUCCCUGAUGGAACAGGACGUGGGGGACGACGAGGAGCUGCUGCUGCGCUUCAAGUACCCCUGUGCCAUGGGGCUGGACCCCCAGGAGGGCGGGCUGCGCAUUGCGCUGCUGCAGGAGCAGGCACGCGGGGCCCUCCUGGCCGAGGAGAUCGACUGUACCGAGGAGGAGAUGCUGCUCUUUGCUGCCCUCCAGUACCAGAUAGAUGGGGCAGAGGGGGGUGAUGGGGACCCCAAGGGCCCCCUCGAGCCCCAGGACCUGGACACAGCCCUGGACAAACUGGAGCUGAGCCUGGAGGGGCAAAGGACCACCGUCCUGCCAGAGGAGCUUGGAGCUGCCCCUGAGCUGGUGGAGGAGCUGGAGAUCUACAGGUCCUCCCGCUGGCCGUUCUGGGGUUCCCGACCUGCCCGGGCCGUGCUCUCGGGCUCAUCACUGUCACUCUGGAGCCUCCCGAGAUCGGGGGGGCCCCCACAGCAGCUCAACCUCCGCGGCUGCGAGGUGACCCCUGACGUGGAUUUGGGGGCGCAGAAGUUUUACAUCAAACUGCGGCUGCCGACACCGGAGGGGAUGAGCGAGACCCUCCUGCGCUGCCGUGAUGCCCCCCAGCAUGCCCGUUGGGUCGCCGGGUGCCGCUUGGCCUCGCGUGGGGGGUCCCUGUCGGCCACAUCGCUCGGGGCGGAGGCUCAGGGGGUCCUGGGGGUCCAGCCAGGGAGGGAAGACCCCACUGUGCCUCCCUGGGCCCUCUCACGCCCACCCCCAGAUCCACAGCAGCUGUUGCCCCCCCGCUUCCAGCGCAAGUUCAAGGCCAAGCAGCUCACCCCCCGGCUGCUGGAGGUUCUGCACCGUGUGGGGACACUGACCCCAGGCCAGGCCCGGCUGCGCUUCGUGGAGGCCUGGAGGGCCCUGCCAGGGUUCGGGCUGGGGCACUUCGUGGUGAGGUUCCAGGGUGCCAGGCGUGAUGAGAUUUUGGCUGUGGGCCCCUCGCAGCUGCUCCGGAUCGAUCCUGGCUCUGGCGCCGUCACCCGCAGCUGGAGGCACAGUGACCUGCGCCAGUGGGACGUCAACUGGGACAGCCAGCAGGUGCGGCUGUGGCUGACCGGGGACGUGACGCUGGGGCUGCGGGUGCUCUCGGCAGCCCCCCGGCUGCUGCACCAGUUCCUGGGGGGGUAUCUGGUACUAGGGGGGCAGCGGCCAGGGCAGCCCCCAGACCCUGAUGUGCUGAGGCGCCUGAUGGAAGGGGGGGAUGACCCCUGACGCCCCCAAAGCCCCAUGCAAGAGUGGCCUCAUGCAAAUAUCCCCAUCCCACUGUUGGCACCAGCCUCAACUCCCCCAGUCCCUGUUCCUCCCACAGCACUUGUGCACCCUCCCUCCCUUCCUCCUGCUGUGCAAGGCACUUGUGCAAAGCUCGUGCAACACUGGUGUGAUGGAGCUGAA